AUGGGUCGAUGGGGUUACCGUGCGUCUUCCAACUCCCCUCCUUCUGACAUCUCAAACGUCGCUGACUCCGCUAACCUCACUUCACCAGGCCUCUUCGAAGACGACAUGGACCUCGAUAUUGCCUGUACUAUUAUGAAAAGUCUCGGUGUCAACACCGAGAAGUGGGACCAUGCACCCAUACAGACAGUCAACCAAACCGACAUGCUGGCCCCUCAGGGUUCUCGAGAACACUACAAGACCAAGGACUAUUCCAAGCAGCUGCAAGAUGAGAUUGUGCCCUCUGUGCGCGCCAAGUUUGACGCUAACAACCUUGGUGAAUGUCUCAUGACCAAGAGUCUCGCUAAGGAAGGCAAGGUUGAUGUGGUUACUGUCACCACUGGCGAAUACAAGACGAUCAUCCUUGGGGCUCUCAUGAUGCGGGUCGGGGCUAAGAUCAACGAGGAGGAUCUUCAGCAUCUCCGGGACUUAGUUCCCAAAGUUGUCUGUAUUCCGGGAACCACUUGGGCUCUAGGGGAUGUGGGCUUUCGUAGUCCAGGCAAAGCUCAGUUCCUUGCUGCCCUCGACGCUUAA